CGAAAGAAGCCUCUUGUGUAUGCGACGUGUAAACUAAUUUCCCACUUAUUCCCACCCUCCAACCCAUUGCCUCUAUUCCACACACUUCAUACCAUUUCAAACACGCUCCACCUUCUCCAAUUUCUCUCUUAUUUCUUUCACAAACCCAAGUUAAGAUUACAACACAUCAAAGGAAACAAAUCUUCACCUCUUUUUAUCUCCCACUGCAUGAAACAAGACAAGAACCCUCCUUUCAUGGCUCACCAAUCUGAAGCAGACCAGAUAAUUCCUUCUCAGCCAUUGGAACCUAACAUGGAGCAGCAACAAGAAAAAAAAGAAGAAGAAGAACACAAUAACAUUGAUGCUAGAGAGAAAUAUAAAGAUAGUUCAAAAGUAACAUCACAAGACCCUUGUGCUUCGAAGGAAAUAGGAGCAGCAGCAUUGGAGGGAGAGGAUAGUGGGCGUGAGAAGCUGAAGAGGCAUAGAAUAGAGGUAGCUAAAAGGGUUUGGAUUCCAGAGAUAUGGGAACAAGAGGAGCUCUUAAUGGAUUGGAUAGAUUGCACUGCAUUUGAUGCUUCUUUGGUUCCAAGCACAAUCACAACCGCACGUGCUGCUUUGGUUGAACAAGAUCGAAGAAGAACAACCAAUGCUACUGCUGCUUCUGCUGGACUAAGAAUAGAGAACAGCUCACUUCAUCAAAGGAGAUUUGGUAUGUUUGCUUUUGGGAGAGAAGGCUAGAGUAGAAUGGUGGCGUUCAGAGAAGAAGCUCAAUUUUAUUGAUAUGGAUGCAGCGUAUGUGUCAUCUUCGGAUAUGGCAUCAUGGGGUUCUAAACCAAAAUGUGGGGCAGCAUUUUUUCUGGUGUCAAGUCAUUGAACUCGAACCCUUCGACAUGUUUGUUUCUCAGCUUUGGACCAACAAAUCGGUUGGUCCGAUUUGAAGAAGAUGGAAUUUUUAAUGUUCUGGAACUGAUAAUCGGUCCGUCCGAGUUGCAAGUGAAGUGAAAUUUGUUUUAAUUCGUUUAAUGAAAUCGGAGGGUACGAUUAGGAUUUGUUAAUUUUUUUUUAAAGAAGCAUACUUAAUCGGAGAGUCCGACUUGUUGUGACUAAAACAAAAUUGGCUGAUAAGCGUUCGGACCUCCGAGUUGCUGAUGAAGUGUAUUUUUUUUAAUUCGUGUAAUCAAAUCGGAGGGUACUAUUAGAAGUUUUUCAAAUUUUUUUGAAUGAAUCAUACCUUAUCGGA